UUCCAACAUAGUCAUUUAAUUAAUUCUCGGGGAAUUGAGAUGACUGGAUUUAAAUGAGGAAUAUUCGGGCCUAGAAAACUAUAUAUGCACUUGCUAAAAUUCUCUUCAUGCAUAAAUAUGGUACAUUUUAUUUGCAAUUCCUAAUUUACACUCAGAGGGCCGCUGUUCGUCGACAAAUGGAGGAGAUACUGUGCGUUUUACAGACCCACCUCCAGCGUCACAUCAUAUCAGACAGAAAGGACGAAAAGCUAAGGUCUCGGAAAUUUUUUGAACGGAUUUUCUAACUCCUUGUCGAGUAAACCUAUAAUUAAAGUCAAUACAUUUUGGCUUCAUUUUACGGGCUUAAAGGAUACGCUAAUAGAUCGUUAUUUGUUAUUAGAUUAACGGUGCAGUUGAGACAAUGCCGGACGCAAUGAUAAGAUGCUCGGUGCUGUUUUUGACUCUUCUGGUUCACACAGCGGGAGGACAAGUCAGUUACUCGAUUCCUGAAGAAAUGGCAAAGGGAUCGAUGGUAGGAAAUAUCGCACAGGAUUUGGGUUUGGAUUUAAAACGACUGAAGUCAGGAAAAGCGCGCAUUUAUACAAGAGACAGCACGGAAUACGUCGAUCUGAAUAGAAACACCGGGCUGCUGCUUAUUAAAGAGAAAAUGGAUCGCGAGUCUCUUUGUGCAAAAACGACUCCGUGUGCGUUGCACCUUCAGAUGAUUUUGGAAAACCCGAUGGAAUUCUACACUAUUACAAUAGAAAUCACGGAUAUAAAUGAUAACGCUCCCAGUUUCGAGAAAAGGGACAUUAGAUUUGAGAUCAGCGAAUCGGCGGCGGUGGGUGCUGGUUUUAUGCUCGGUGGGGCUUUCGAUGCGGAUGUAGGAACAAAUGAUCUUCAGAAUUACUCGCUGAAACCGAGCGAUCAGUUCCGUCUUGAACUACACAAUCAGGCAGACGGUAGUAAAAACGUCGAGAUGAUUUUACAAAGACCACUUGAUAGAGAAACGCAAAGCUCGCUUACUUUGUUGUUAGAAGCGUUUGAUGGAGGCGAUCCGGUUCUCUCUGGCACUGUACAGAUACACAUCACUGUGUUAGACAAUAAUGAUAAUGCUCCUGUCUUUACACAAAAAGUAUAUAAGACCACGAUAACAGAAAACGCUCCAAAAGGCACAAUAUUAACAGUAGUGAGCGCGUCUGAUGCAGACGAAGGAUCCAACAGUGUAGUGACUUACUACAUAUCUGACACAAUGAAUAAAAAUGUAGCCGAUAUGUUUCUAAUUAAUGAAAAAACUGGAGAAUUAAUAUUAAAUGGCCAGAUUGACUAUGAAAAGGUGAGCCAUUAUGAACUUAAUAUUCAGGCAAGAGAUCAAGGGUCGCUUUCUAACGCAUGCAAAGUAAUUAUCGAUGUACUGGACAUUAAUGAUAAUUCGCCUAGCAUUAAUAUUGUGUCUAGUUCUCAGUCAAUAUCUGAAGGGGCAAAGUCUGGUACUGUUGUUUCAGUGUUAAAUGUUGAUGAUCUUGAUUCAGGUAUAAACGGCCAGGUUCAGUGUGUCUUAAAUGACGACAUUCCCUUUUCUAUUACUUCUCCGUCGAGCAAUUUCUUCAGUUUACAAACAGAGCAGGAACUAGAUAGAGAGAGAAAAGCUGAGUACAAUAUCAUUGUAAUAUGUGCUGAUGAAGGGGUGCCUGCUCUCUCCAGCAGUGUCUCUCUCCGUGUGCAGAUAUCAGAUGUGAAUGACAAUGCUCCUGUCUUUGAGAAAAGUCACUAUGAGGCGUCUGUGCUGGAGAAUAACACACCUGGUCUCUCUAUAUUUACAGUUAAAGCCAGUGACUCUGAUUGGAAUCAGAAUGCCCGUGUUUCUUAUAUUCUAGAAGACAGCUCUGUUAAUGGAGUCUCUGUCUCAUCAUAUGUGUCAGUUCAUCCUGACAGUGGACUGAUUACAGCUGUGCGCUCUUUUGACUAUGAACAGCUGAAGGAUUUCCACUUCCGGGUAAAAGCACAAGAUGGAGGCUCUCCUCCGCUCAGCAGUAACGUGACAGUGAAAAUAAUUAUUCAAGAUCAGAACGACAACGCUCCUCAGGUUCUGUAUCCAGUACAGACUGGUUCUUCUGUGGUGGCUGAGAUUGUGCCUCGUGCUGCAGAUGUUGGAUAUCUGGUCACUAAAGUGGUGGCUGUUGAUGUGGACUCUGGACAGAAUGCCUGGCUCUCCUAUAAACUACAGAAAGCUCCAGACAGAGCGCUGUUUGAAGUGGGUUUACAGAAUGGAGAAAUAAGAACUGUGCGACAAGUGACUGAUAAAGAUGCCGUCAAACAAAAACUGACUGUUGUUGUGGAGGAUAACGGACAGCCCUCUCGCUCAGCUGUGGUCUCCAUUAACGUGGCUGUAGCUGACAGCUUUCCUGAAGUGCUGUCAGAGUUCACAGACUUUACGCACGAAAAACAAUUUGACGAGAACCUGACCUUUUAUCUAGUUCUCGCACUGGCUGCUGUUUCCUUCUUAUUUAUCACUUGUGUGGUUGUCAUAAUAUCAGUAAAGGUCUACAGAUGGAGACACUCUCGCUUCAUAUCAGUCCAAUCUGCCUGUUAUUCCGUACUAUCCACCGCAUUACGCGGACACAGGAGUCACUGGAACUCUGCCGCACGGGUAUAAUUAUGAAGUGUGCAUGACGACUGACUCGAGGAAGAGUGACUGUAAGUUUUCUACACUCGGUGGGAAGAAUGUUUUAGUCAUGGACCCCACUUUUGCUGAAACAAUGCAGCGCACAAUCAUGAAAAACGUUUCUAU